AUGUCAGAUUCCAACCACACCGGUACCUUCUUCUUCCUAGCAGACCUUCCAGGCCUUGAGGCAGUGCACAAAUGGCUCUCCAUCCCUCUGUGUGCCAUGUAUGGGGCCUCUCUGGCAGAGAACAACUUGAUCCUAUGGCUGGUGAAGUCAGAGCCCUUCCUUCACCAGCUCAUGUACUAUCUGCUGUUGAUGCUGGCAGUGACCGACCUGGGCCUGUCUGCCUCCACUCUGCCCACCAUGCUCCUCAUCUACAUGCUGGGCCUCAGGCGGGUGUCAGUGGAUAUGUGCCUGGCCCAGCUCUUCUUCAUCCACACCUUCUCCAUAAUGGAGUCCUCCAUGCUGCUGACCAUGGCCUUGGACCGUUUUGUGGCCAUCAGCAACCCCCUACACUAUGGCACCAUCCUCACGAGCCCCUGUAUAGCCAGCUUGGGCCUGGCCGGUGUGGUGCGCAGCCUCGGGCUCCACAUCCCAGCCCCCAUCAUGCUGAAGAAAUUGCCUUACUGCCAGAAUCGCCUGCUUUCCCACUCCUACUGCCUGCACCCAGAUGUCAUGAAGCUGGCCUGUGCAGACACCCACAUCAACAGUGCCUGUAGUCUCUUUGUAGUGCUCUCCACACUGGGGGUGGACUCGGUGCUCAUUGUUCUCUCCUACAUGCUGAUCCUCCAAAUAGUGCUGUCCAUUGCCUCCAAAGCUGAGCACCUCAAAGCCCUCAUCACAUGUGUCUCCCACAUCUGUGCUGUGCUGCUCUUCUACACACCUAUGAUUGGCCUGUCCAUGAUCCACAGAUUUGGGAGGCAAGCUUCCCCUUCCAGCCCUGUGCUGCUCUCCUAUCUGCACUUUCUCAUACCUCUAGUGCUUAAUCCACUGGUUUACACCAUCAAGACCAAGCAGAUCCGGCUGAGGAUGCUACCCUUCUUUGCGUCACGUGGGGCCGGCAUCAGAGACAUUCAGGCUCAGUAG